GCAGACGUGUAACUCUCAGGCUGGAGAAGAUACCCAGAGAUAUUACGUCUGGAGUCUCUUUCUGUCUCCUUCCUGUGUUCAGCGUGCUGGAUCUGAGGAAACACUCGUUAGUGCGUAAAGGAUGGCCAAAGGGAAGAAAGCCAAAGGGAAGACCAUCUCGUUUAAAGAGGCUCAGAAAUGCGUGCACUUGACGCUGGACGGGAAAUGUCGCCUGGAUCUCAGUUUUAAGGAGGUCGCCGAGGUGCCGAAGUGCCUCCAGAAGCUGUGUGACAUGGAUGAAGUGGACCUGAGCAGGAACCUGAUCAGAAAGGUCCCGGACUUUAUCAAUUACUUCAUCAGCGUCCGGCUUCUGGAUCUGCACAGCAACUACCUGGAGGAGCUCCCCGUGACUAUCGGCGGUCUCCAGAACCUGCUGGUUCUGAACCUGUGUAACAACCGUCUGACGCGCCUCCCCAGCGAGAUCGGCCUGCUGAAGAAACUCCACACACUCCACCUGGGUAUGAACCAGCUGGAUGCUCUUCCCUCCUCCGUCGGCGCGUUGAAGGAGCUCUGCCACGUCGGCCUCUCUGACAACAGAUUCACCCGCUUCCCCGCCUGCCUCACCGGGCUGAACAAGAUGCAGAGGGUCAACCUGGACAGGAACCCCAUCGCCACUGAGGACGCACCCGUCCGCGAGUCCCUGAUGACUGAGAAGCUUUACGUGGUCAAGGAGAGCGUCCUGUGUGACGACUGCCUGGAUAAGUGCAAAAGUCAGAGGAAGAUGGUGGAGGGUUAGGAAGACAGGAAGGAGUCAAGAUGAAGGAUAAGAAAGAAACACACACCUUCACUGUAAACUCACGCAUCCUGGACCCUCAGGAGUAAAGAGGUUUUAAGUUUGGAAACGAACAGUAAGCAGCUUAACUAAACGUCCAUGAUGCGUCUGGAGACUCGUCAUUUCUAUUUCAAAAUAAAGUGUCACAUGGUUAACAUAGAUUAUCUUAAGGGGGGGACCUCCGU